AAGAAUGAAACUAAAAGCAGUUUUCGUGUUAUGUGUUACAGUGUGCUUUGUAGAAGCGACCACCGAAAAAGUUGACACUAGUGUCAAUUUGCAACAACUGGGGAGACAACUUGUCGAAGAAGGUCGUACCCUUGUCCACCAUACGCUCAAACGCUUCAUGAUUAUCCUUCCUGCUAUUUUUUUUAAACUGGGAAUUGCGUUCACGUUGCUGGUUCUUGUGGCGUUGGCUGCCGUGAAUAAUGGUUUCAUCGGGUUUCUGAUUCUAGUAGUUGGAUUAAGUAGCGUUCUUGCGAGAUUACAGGACUCGGGGAGAGCGGUACCAGUACCAUAUAUUAGUCCGGUUUCACCGUACCAUCAUCAAGUGUGGGACCGGAGUGAUGUGGUGCAACCAGAGCUGAAAGCUAAAGCUCCUUUGUAUCACAGCUAUGGGGGCCAAAAUGCGGAUUAUGGGUCCCAGUUGGCUAAUUAUUACGCGAAGUACACCACCGCCAAAAUGUGA